UUAGUGACGGCGCGCGGUCCCGUCUAUAGGCUGUGACUGAGUCUGCCUUCUUAUAUGCAACGCUAUGGAGGCCUUGUGGUUGUCGGAUACCAAUAGUUUGAUAGCCGUCGCUAGCUUAAAGCUAACGCUCGUCCCAGCCGUUGCUUUUGUACUGAGACAAUGGGCAGAGUAAUAAAAGAAAAAGCGACACAAAGAAGAAGCGGCUAGCUGCAAAAGAACAACACAUCCGAGCACAGCCGAUGUGGGCUGUGCUAAGCAGAGAGGAGGGCAUGAUUUUUUUUUUCAUGCCAGCUAAUUGCGGCUAAAGCUAUAGAGUCAAAGUAUGCAGUUUUAAAAUCUUUAAUGCUUCAAGAAUCACGUUAAAGGAUGUCUCAGACGGAACUUUAAAAGCAGCUCGUGCUAAAAUGUUGGUCUUUUAAUCCCGAAACUUCAUUAGAAGGGAUUUUAUCAUGCAUGGUUGAUGAAGGAAGGACUUCUAGAAGUUUUCAUAUUCUGGAAGAUGCUAUAUAGAUUAUGGUGGACCAACGUCGGGUUGGUGUAGUAGUUGGGCUGCAGUUGGAAGACUUGAAUAUCUGGUGAAAUGGAAGGGAUGGGCAAUGAAGCACAGCACCUGGGAGCCAGAGGAGAAUAUCCUGGACGACAGGCUCAUUCUGGGUUUCGAACAAAAGGAACGGGAGAGGGAAAUGCAUGGUCCCAAAAAACGUGGGCCGAAACCCAAAAACUUUGUGGCAAAGGGUCGCGGUCAGAAAGCAGAGCCCACCAGUCGCGCCUCCAGCAGCCGGCAGAGCACGGCUCGGUCCUCCUCAACCACUUCCAGCCGAGCAUCUUCCUCCUCAUCAUCUUCCUCCUCCUCUGCUGCUCCUAAUGCUUUACCAUUCUCCUCCUCAUCCUCGUCGUCGGUGCCAGCACCUUCCCCCAAACUCAACUCUCUCGCUGCCACCCACAAGUUGAAGAAAGACAUUCACCGUUGCCACCGGAUGUCCAGGCGGCCCCUGCCUCGCACAGACCCCACGCGGCCCGCCUUUUCCAGCUCGAGUGGCUUCCAGUCCCGCAUGCACGUCUCCCCUUUCUCUGAGACCGUCCGCAUCCUGAACCGCCGGGUCAAACCCCGAGAAGUCAAGAGAGGGCGGAUAAUCCUCAACCUGAAGGUGAUCGACAAGCCAGGCAGGGGCGGCGGUGCGGCGGGGUCCAGGAACGUGCAGACGGGUCGCCAAAACAUCCCGUCUCGCAAUCGCAUCAUCGGCAGGAAGGGGGAGGCCCCCUACAGACCUUUCCAGCCUCCUUUAAAGAUGCUGGGCUUCCCCAUGUACGGGAAGCCUUUCGGGCUGCAGUGUGGCGGGCCCAUGUCCUUUCACUCCCAAAUGGGGUCCAGCUCGACUACGGGACCCAGGGACAGCAACAGCAGUUCUUCACAGCGCCAGGCACCGCCUCCUUCCUCUUCUUCUUCCUCCACCUCCAGCAACGUCACAGCUAAACGCCCUCAGUCUGCCGCAGAAGCCUCCAAGGAGUCAAAAUCCAGUAAAUCUCCAGAAACCCAAAAUGCCUCAUGUUCAGAAGCAAACAAAACCCCAGUCCCCCCCUCUCCGUCUCCAUCUUUGGAAGAUCAAGAUGAAGAUGCCAUGGACUGCUCGGAAGCCUCUGAGGGAGCCAGAAGUCCCUGCCAGCACAAAGCUCCCUCCACAGUUUCUUCUGUGGCUCCGGAACAAUCCUCGCCCCCCCUUGAACCCAAAAGGGUCCCCACCGAGGGAGACCCUGACUGGCACCCGGAAAUGGCACCAAGCUGCAAGGACGUGGUGGUCACCGAUGUAACCACCAACCUUGUGACCGUCACCAUAAAAGAGUUUCCCUCUCCGGCGUCAGGGCCCGCCUCACCUUCCGCUAGCAUCGAAAACGCCUCCACUCCUCCUCCCGCCGCAGCGUCCGAGGACUCCUCCGUCCCGAAGCCAUAAGAGAUCCAAUAAUACAAACUGUGAUGCCAUUUGGGAUAGAAAACUAUAUAUAUAUAUAUAUAUAUAAAGUAUAUCAUGCCAGUGUUGCCACUUCAGCCCUGUUCUACCCACUCUACAAAGGGUUUGCCAUCAUUGGUUAGAUACUCAAUGAAAUUCAGGGUUUCCCCCAGAGAACUUGCUGAACCCAGUGGUCAGUGCUCUAGGGCAGUCCACCAGCGGCCCAUCAUGUUUUUUUGUUAACGAAUGUUAAAAGUUGCCUGGAAACAAAUAUGCUCUCACAUCAGUCUCUCUGCUCGCUCAGCACAAACCUCUUACAGCAAGACUAAGCCUUUAUAGUUGCGCUUUCAGAGAGUUGAGUCGAGCGAGUCGAGCAAGCGGCGAGUCUUUUGCACUUGACGUAUACUUUGGUGCGGUACUCACUGGAAAGACAGCCUUCGUAGAGGGUGAAGCUGCUCUGCGAGAACACCUUCCAAACAGACAAUUCUGAGGGAAAAUUAGCCGAUUACAAAAAUGCAGAGGUGCACCACCAGAGUGUGCGAGGAUGAUUGGUCCACCAUCUCUGCCUUGCACCCAGUUCAGUGCUUUAAAGGGGCAGUUUUAUGUAAAAUCUACUUUUUUGAGCUUUACAUCAUGUUAUAAUAUUCCCUCACCAAAAACA